AUGUCUACAACUUCUUUGAUUAGCCAGCUGCAUGAUGGUACUGAUAGGUGGAAAAUUAUCGUUCGAAUCCACAGGAAGUGGAAUGUUUUCCAUAAAUCAGCACCCAAUGAACUAUUCUGCAUAACCAUGAUCUUAGUUGACGUUGAGGGGAACAAGAUUCAAGUAAGUGUCUUGAACAAGAGCCUUCAUGAUCAGUUUAGAUCUUUCCCUUUGGAAGGACAUGUUUACUUUAUUGCCAACUUUGUGCUAUCUAAAAAUGAAAACCAAUUUAGAGCAACCACUCAUCCUUUUAAGAUAGCAUUCAGCCAGCAAACAUAUAUAAGGGAAGAUGCAGCGUCAAUUCCUGACUUAUUUUCAUUCUUUCCAAUAUCCAAGAUCAAGAAAGUCACUGACGAAAAAAUGAUUGACCAUCUAUUUGAUGUCAUAGGUUACUUGAAGAAGAUAAGUAAUCUUGAGGAGUAUCGCAAGGAUAAUGAGACUAAGCACAAACUCCGCAUGUUGUUGGUGGGCAAGGAUGAUAAUGAUGUCGAGUUAGUUCUAUAUGAUGAAUGCUCUACUAAUGCAUACAUGGCACAACUUGAACAUAAAGAAGGCCCUAUUGUGGUUGUUAUCAAUCUGUGCAGAAUAGGCUUCACUGAAGAUGGGAGACCUCAAAUAUCCAGCUCUUUUAAUGCUACUAGGGUUCUUUAUAAUUUGGCCAUAAAAGAGGUGAAGGAGAUGAUGGAUAGUGUGAAGGAGAUGACAUCACCAAUGAUAUGUACCUCUGCUCAGAGCAUCAGCCAACCAUCAACUCAAACUUUAGCAUCCAAUAUGAUGAGAAACACAAGGAAAAUAAAUAUUGCCCAAAUUCAUGACCAACCAGCUGAAUCAAGUUUCUUGAUAAGCUGUGUGAUUAUCAAGCUGGACACUCGAAAUGGCUGGAAUUAUGAUGGGUGUUCAAAAUGUGCAUCUAAGCCUAAGCCUCAGAAUGGUUCUUUGUAUUGCCCAUUGUGUAAAAAGAAACCUGCAUCUAUUGAGACAAAGCUGAAAUUACACUAUACAGUGGAAGAUGAAACUGGUAAGGUUAAUGUUGUUUUCUGGGACAAGUUGGCUAUACAACUAUUAGGACAAACAGCAACAGAGCUUAAGGUCAUUCUUCAUGAGGAUAAGCGAUCCUAUGACUUCCCAUAUGAGUUGGAUCAGCUGGUUGGCAGGAAAAUGCUAUUAAAGUUGAAACUUAAUGGCUACAAUAAAGAAUAUCCAUCUUCAAGUAUCAGUGUACUUCAGUAUACUGAAUGUGGCGAUUUAAUGAAUCAAUUCAUUGAAGCAGUUGAUGUAGAAGAACAAUCUGAUGGAGGUAUUGGUGAAGGUAUCAAAGAAGUUUCUACUGAGGAAGAUGUAGUUAAGGGAGAAAAGACAAACAUGGAAAACCCUAUUGUUGUUGACAAUGAUGCCAAAGAUUCACCAACUGACUUCCAUAGUAAUGAUAUUAAUGCUGGGCUUGAUGAGAUGGAUGUGUCUCAACUGAUUGCUGCAAAAACUGUCCCUUCCACCACCUACAUGAAGGGAAAGAGGAGAAAUGCUAUGAAGAGAUCUGCUGUUGUUGAUGAGAUUGAAAAGUCUUCUCAAGUGCAUGCAUCUUUUGCCUCGCUGCCAAAGCCAAUUAAAGCUAUCAAGCAAGAAAAGUAG